UUAAAAUGAAAUUAAUAAUGAAUUAAUUAAUUAACAACGAUGACUUUUUACAUUCUCUGCACAUUUGUGCUAACAUUUUAUGUCAUUAUUUGGUUUUUCGACUCAUUCUUUAAGAGCUGCCUGCACUACCCGUAUUAUGCAUUCUUAGAAGGAACGGGCUUAAAAGUGGGAAUACUGAAUUUCUCAUGGAAAACAGCCGCAUUCAAUCGAUGUAUUUACCGAUGGAGCAAAAAUCUGAAUAGAAUUUUACGGAAAUGGUUUAGCUUCGGCUACAUGUUUACCAUAGCUAUAUUCCUCCCAUUCGCUAUUUGGACGUUGCUUUCAUUUAUAUUCGAGCACUUCUAUGAGACUAUACAGUUGAACAGUGUGCCAGAAGUGAAGGCGAUGGUCCCUGGCAUUAAUGUACCGGCGUCCGACUUUUGGGUCUACUUCCUGUCAAUAGGCAUGAGUUCUAUUUUCCACGAGCUUGGUCAUGCUGCAGCUGCGGCACAGGAGGAUGUUCAACUUGUGUCAGUCGGCCUUUACGUAUUUGCUAUUGUACCUAUAGCAUUUGUGGAAUUGAAUACUGAACACCUGAACAGUCUGCCUGUUAUGAAAAGGCUUAAAAUAUACUGUGCUGGGGUGUGGCACAAUAUCACUCUUGCAUUUUUAGCACUACUGUUGUUUUUCUCUGCUCCGGUGUUAUUCAGUAUUGCUUACCAAACAGAAGUUGGAGUGAGGGUGACGGGAUUUUCUGAUGAUUCACCAUUGAAGGAAGCCAGAGGCUUGGAGGAGGGUGAUAUUAUAAGGUCUAUCAAUGAUUGCCCAGUCAAAAAUUAUAAUGACUGGUCCUACUGUCUCCAUGUGGCUCACGACAGAUUCGGCAUUUGCACAAGCGCGGAAUAUAUUGCACAAAAUGAUGAAAUAAUGAUGGAAACUAUCAAAGAGAACGAUGUUGUAGAAUGCUGCAGAAAAGAUGACAUUUUUAGUUUCUGUUUUGAGUACAUGGAGCCCAAACUGGCAAUAGAUUCAGUGUUGCCAGGACAAUAUUCUUGUUUGAAACCCCGAGACAUGGUCAAACAUAAGCUAAUUAAGUGCACAGAGCCAAAUGGCUAUGUCUGCCCUAGAAACAUGCAUUGUCUAAGGCCAUCUUUAAACAACCAUACCUACCUAAUCAUAAUAGAGCGAGAAGACAACAAUGCAGUAUUGUAUUUAGGAGUUCCAUAUGACGUUCACAAAACAGUAUUUGUUGAUCAAUAUUUUCCAAGAUUGUCUGUGCUCUCUUUCUUUUCCCCGACUGAAUUUGAGAAACUUUUACGGUAUAUAUUUAUAUUCUCAAUGGGAAUAGGGUUUUUAAAUGUCCUACCAUGUUAUGGCACAGAUGGGCAUCACAUUGCCCGGAAUAUAAUACAGACAAUUGCAAAAUAUUUCAAUAAGAAUGGAGAUUUUGUAACUUUCUUCACAGUUUUUACCGUUGUAGUUGGAACUGGACUAACAUAUCCAAUACUAAUGUAUUUAUUCUAUAAAACAAUAUUUCUGGACGGUGAAUAGAAUUUAUUGGUGGUGAACAACAAACUUUAAAUGUUACCUUAUUAUGUUUUGUUAAUUUUAUAUAGUCAAUUUUAGUCUAAUAAGUUUUAGUUGUAGACAAUUUUAUAAGCAGAAGAUUUUAGC